UAUAUGAUGCAAAUUUCACUCAAAAGUAAACACUUUGAUCAAUAAUAGAAAUCAUUGAAUCAGAGCCAUGUCUUUUACUAUGAUAUUCUCAAAAGGACUUCUCUUCUUUUUCUUCCAACAGAAAGGGGCUUCAACAAUCAGUGCAUUUGCUUUUCUCUGAAUUUUCUCCGUCCGUGGUCCUGGCCACAAACGCGAUGUGAAGAGUGAUUGUAACCGCGAUGAUCGUUAUCCUCUUUUCUUUGCUAAAUGCAUAAUUGAUUCCAUUAAAGCAGAAAAUAUUUUAAGACAUGAACUCAAAGCUUUCUGUUCUCCCUUUCAUCGGAGCUUUCUUAUCUUUUUCUUUUGUUUGGGUAUUGGAACUGCAAGUAGUUCAACUUCACACUUGGUUUUUAGCAACUAGCAACACUUGCUUAUUUGGAAACCAGCCUUGGUAAUUUGAUCCUUUCAAUUUUGUUAUGAAGAAUUCUUUGAGGGAGGCUGGAGCUGAAGCAAUGGUCAUUGGAAACAAUACUGGUUCUGCUACUGCCUUUCUAAUAAUUCUACUCGUCUCAUCGUCAUCAUGUUUGAUAAAUGCACAAGUUAUCGCCUAUCCGUCAGUUGCUCAUCAUCCAAGUUCUUGGAUUAACUCUCCUGUGUUUGACUUUGGCUUCUGGGAUUCCGCAGGUGUUACGCCCAUCCUUACCAGUGGAAUUUUAGUUUGUGGUUUCCACUGCAAAAGUUUACAAGGCAAGUGCCUUUUUGCUGUCUCCAUCUUCCACGCCUAUACUCUUGAUGGCGAUCCUAGCAUCUCUCCAACAAUAGUGUGGUCUGCGAAUCGAAACAAUCCUGUUAAACUUAGAGCUACACUGCAACUCUCUGAGAAAGGGGAUUUGAUACUUCGAGAUGCUGAUGGCAAUCCAGUUUGGAACCCCAACACCACGGGGAAAUUUGUUUCAGGAUUAAAGUUAUCUGAAGAGGGAAACCUUGUGCUUUUCGACAGAAACAAUGAGACGGUCUGGCAGUCUUUUGAUCACCCGACGGACACAUUACUUCCAGGGCAGGCAUUAGUUCCUGGGCAAAAGCUGACCGCAAAUGUGUCAACUUCAAAUUCAAGUGCAGCACAGUUCAUUCAACUAGGGAGUGAUGGACAUUUGAGGGCUUAUCAAUUGAAAGAAUCAAAAUGGGAGCAAGUAUCUGAUCUUUUGAUUAACUACACUGGUGCAUGUGGUUUCCCCUUGGUGUGUGGAGAAUAUGGCCUUUGUUCAGCUGGGAAUUGCGCUUGUCCAAAAGCAAAGGGCAAUGAUUCAGAACUAUACUUCAGGCAGGUAUCUGAAGGGUGUCAUGAAAAUAUACCUGUUUCUUGCAAGCCUUCUGAUCUUCAUAGUCAUAGCUUACUUGAGCUAAAGGACUAUGAUUACUUCAAUUUCAUCCCUCAUAUCAAGAAUACAGAUAGAGAAAAUUGCAAGGAGGCCUGUUUGCAGAAUUGUUCAUGCAAAGCUGCAAUAUAUCGUCAGCAACUGAAUUCAUCAAAUGGGUAUUGUUGUCUUCUGUCUAAAAUAUUUUCAUUCAAAAGAGAUGAGGAGAAUAUUAAUGAUUAUAACAGUUUUUCAUAUAUAAAAGUGCAACAUACAGGAAGCACGCCUGCGGCACCUGGGCCCAGCACGCCCUUUGCUACAGAAAAAGGAUCAAGACGUAAAGCAGCUGUACUAGGAUCAACCCUUGGAGUCCUUUUUACCCUGCUUCUAGUAGUUGGCAUCUUCUUCUUGCGAGGGAAAAAAAUCGAUCUUAAAUCUGUUAAGAAUGCCUCGCGAGGAAAUAAAAAAAAAGAAUCAAAAGCCGUUAGGAAGAGAUUCACUCGAUUCUCUUUUGAAGACUUGAAGGCCAUGACACAGGAUUUCAGUGCGAAGCUUGGUGAAGGGGGUUUUGGUUCUGUUUUUUAUGGAACUCUGCCAAACGGUGCUAAAAUAGCAGUGAAGCGUCUUGAUGGCGCUGGUCACUUCAGAAAGUCACUUUUAGCUGAAGUUGAGACGUUAGGAAGUGUUCAUCAUAUUAAUUUGGUGACACUGAUUGGGUUUUGUGCCGAGAAAUCCCAUUGGCUUCUCGUUUAUGAGUACAUGCCCAAUGGUUCUCUGGAUAAAUGGAUCUUUCCCAGAGACAGAGAACUCCGUCUAAGUUGGAAUUUGAGGCAGAAAAUCAUCCUUGAUAUAGCCAGAGGACUGGCCUAUCUUCACGAGGGUUGGACACAGAAAAUUUUACACUUAGACAUCAAACCCCAAAACAUUCUUUUAGAUGAAAAUUUUAAUGCACAACUUGCGGAUUUCGGAUUGUCAAAAGUUAUUGCCAGGGACCAAGACAAAGCCUUCACAACAAUGAGAGGCACACCAGGUUACAUGGCUCCUGAAUGGUCAAGUGCUGUCAUCACGGAGAAAGUAGAUGUUUACAGCUUUGGCAUUGUGGUCUUGGAGAUCUUGUGUGGUAGGAGAAAUGUGGAUAGAUCUCAGCCGGAAGAAGAGAUGCACUUACUAAAUCUCUUUAGGAAAAAGGCGCAGGAGGGGAAGUUUUUGGAUCUGGUUGAUAAGAUGAGCGAAGACAUGCAGCCGAACGAAGCAGAGGUUGUGAAGAUGAUGGGGAUUGCAGCAUGGUGUUUGCAAGUUGAUUAUACUAGAAGGCCUUCCAUGACAGAUGUAUUACGUGUUUUGGAAGGUUUCAUGGAUGUUAAACCCAAUUUAAUUUACGAUUUUGUCAAUCCGCAAGCACCUGCAGCUCCAUGCAGCAGAGCGGGUACCAUGUCUAUAGCAUUACCCUCAAUAUUAUCAGGUCCUAGGUAAACCAGAUGUUGAAUGUUAAUCCAGACGAGAAUGUAGGAAGUGUGAGAACAGGACUGCCAACAUUGUUGUGGCAUUAGCGGGUUAUGUUUGUAUCAUUAGACAGUUGUGUUUUGCUUCUGUAAACUUCUUGUGCUUGAAUUAUUGUCCAUUGCGCAGGCAAAAUCCCCUGCUGCAGCAUGAAUUGGAUUGUAUUAUCAUCAGUUAAACAACUUGCCUGA